UGACAAAACAGUGAUAGAAAAACAAUAAUGCUAAAAUAAAAUAUUAUUCAGAAAUAAUUAUAAUGAGCGGCAUAAUAACUAAAGUAUGUAGAUUGCCGGUGCAAUUUCCUUUAUUACGAGGCAUGGUGUCAUACGCCAUCAUAUGGCCCACUUGCAGCAUAGUACAGGAGUAUUUGGAACAUGGUACAAGUAUAGAAAACGCUGACAAAAACAGAGCAGCUAGAUAUGGCAUAUUUGGAACGUUUUUCAUGGCUCCUGUAUUUUACAACUGGAUGAAAUAUACGAGUAGAUUCUUCAAGGGGAAAACGUUAAUAACAGCUAUCACAAGAGCCGUUAUUGAACAAAUAUCGUAUUCCCCAUUAGCUAUGGCUUAUUUCUUCUUCGGUAUGAGUGCUUUAGAAGGGAAAUCUUAUAAUGAAUGCGUUGAUGAAGUAAGAGAGAAAUUCUGGCCGACUUAUAAGAUCGGCGCCCUCUUUUGGCCGACAACGCAAACUAUUAAUUUCUACUUCAUAUCGGAGAAGAAUCGUAUAGUAUUUGUAAGCGCUGCUAGCUUCGUCUGGACUGUGUACCUAGCUCAUGUGAAAUCUAGAAAUAAAUUUAUUGAACCUGAUGUUCAAGAAAUUGAAUUGACUGAUGAAAUUAUUAUGCCACAAAAACAAAGAAAGCAACAAAACAUAUCGACACUCGUCCGUAAUCCAGAGGGGUAGGCAGACCAGGGACUUAACGGUCCUGGCCUACAUCUCUUGCUUCCACAUUCAAUUAUUCACAGAACGUUAUUUUUAUAAGAUUUUUAUGUGAUUUAUAACUCAUUAUACAAAAACAUAC